GCGUCUUAUAUAUACAAAUAUAAAUCUCUUCUCGGUCUAUGUUUCUGUUCUCUGUUCUAUAUGCCAAUUUCGUUAGACUCCAUUUCUCACCAAUUCCUCAAUUGUUAAGCAUUUUUUCAAAUAUGGCAACACUCCCUUCAUCGAACUGUCAAGCGCUGACGAAUCAGUGCAAAUUGGACAAUAAGCUAGAAACAGCGAAGUGAAGUGAAAAAUUUUAUUUUAUGCAUGAAAUUUUAUAAAAAUUCAUGUAAAAUGUGGAAACAGAGUGUGUAGUUCCAUUUAUUAGUAUGUAAGCAACGAGUCGGUGUGUUUUGUGCGUUUUUCGAAUGCUUUAGAUACGUGUGCGACAACAAUUUUUUUUGUGUACAAAUAAACAAAACGACCUGUGAAAAUAUCGCCCACGCCUUCCUUCCGCUAACCACGGUCGCAGUCACAGUCAACGUUCCAUCGCACAAGUCUCAUUUGGCAAUUAGCAGCCGCACUGUGUGCAGUGAAAGUAGUGGAAAUAUUGAAAGUUACAAAAAUCAUAACACAAUUCAAUUGGAUCACGGCGACUUCAAACACGCCUACGUCUUCGGAAGUCAUCAGCGUCAUCGGCGCAAUGCCACUGGCCGAUUUGAACAAAGAUUUACGGCAACAGCAUCAGUUAGGCGUUGGUAUUGCUGUCGGAAACAAUGCCCACCCAGUGGACAAUGCUAAUGGCGCUAUGGGUAAUCAGCACCAGCUGCGUCAGCGUAUGCAGAUCACUUCGUCGGGUUGUAGUAGUUUGGCCGUGACACCAAUGGAGCACACACCCACAGACGAAGAAAGUGGUGGUGUGACCACUGUGACGUCAUCUCUUCGCAGAAAACAAGCACAACAACAGCAGCAACAACAUUUGCAACAGGUGCAACAAACAGCAUUACAGGCAGCAUUAGAACAACAUCACAUCAGCUCGGUGACUGCAGAUACCACGGAAUUGAUGGAUUUAAGUGAUUCUGAAGGUUAUGCACCAGCUGACGGAACAGAUGGUGAGUUGCGCGAAAAUGAGUUUGAACUACGCGAAGUAGUGAAAGAAGGUCAUGACAAAGCCGACCCGUCGCAAUUCGAACUGCUGCGUGUACUAGGCGAAGGCAGCUUCGGUAAAGUGUUUUUAGUUCGCAAAAUUAUUGGCAAAGAUGCUGGGACGCUGUACGCUAUGAAAGUGUUGAAAAAAGCUACGCUGAAGGUCAAGGACCGUGUGCGUAGUACAAACGAACGUAAAAUUCUUGCGGAUGUCGGCCAUGCGUUCAUUGUGAAAUUACAUUAUGCUUUCCAGACACCCGGUAAAUUGUAUUUGAUUUUAGAUUUUUUGCGCGGUGGAGAUCUAUUCACUCGGCUUUCCAAAGAAGUAAUGUUCACUGAAGAAGAUGUGAAGUUCUACCUUGCCGAAUUGGCUUUGGCGCUAAAUCACCUGCAUUCGCUUGGCAUAAUCUAUCGCGAUUUGAAACCGGAGAAUAUAUUGUUAGACGAAAAUGGUCACAUUGCGCUCACAGAUUUUGGACUUUCGAAGCAACCGUUAGACGGUUCUAAAACCUAUAGCUUUUGCGGCACAGUUGAAUAUAUGGCACCAGAAGUAGUAAAUCGCAGAGGGCAUGAAUUUGCAGCAGACUGGUGGUCUUUCGGUGUGUUAAUGUAUGAAAUGUUGACGGGCAAUUUGCCAUUCCAUGGAAAAACCAGGAAUGAGACCAUGAGUCAAAUUUUGCGCUCCAAAUUAGGCAUGCCAGAAAAUCUAUCACCCGAAGCGCAGUCGUUAUUGCGUGCAUUGUUCAAACGUAAUCCACAAAACCGUUUAGGUGCUGGUGAAAACGGUUUACUGGGUAUUAAAGAACAUUGUUUCUUUUCUACAAUUGAUUGGGUGAGGUUGGAACGAAAGCAAGUACGUCCACCCUUCAUACCCGCAGUGUCACGUGACGAUGCGUUUUACUUCGAUGUCGAAUACACAUCAAAAUCACCACGCGAUUCGCCUGGUGGUCCAAUAUCUGCAUCGGCACAUGAAAUUUUCCGAGGAUUCAGCUUUGUAGCGCCAGUGCUGUUGGAUCAAGCUUCAAACAAUUCCAGCCCACUAUCGCCAUUCGUGCCAAACACACAACCACAGCAACGCAGUUUACCCGGUGUGUUGCCUGGCAACUUCCAUUCAGAAUAUAAUCUGUUACAAGAAUUGGGACGUGGCACCUUUUCUGUGUGUCGCUUGUGCGAACAUCGUUCAUCGAAAAAGCAUUUUGCCGUGAAAAUUAUUGAGAAAGCCGCUGCAGCGGUGUCAUCAAGUUCGGCGGAUUGCUGGGAGGAGGUCGAGAUAAUGUUGCGCUAUGGUAACCAUCCAAACAUUGUCACACUAUUCUCUGUGUACGAGGAUAUAACGUCGGCUUACCUAGUUAUGGAGCUACUAAAAGGAGGUGAAUUGUUAGAUCGCAUACUUGCUGUAGGGCAAAUGUGCGAGAGCGAGGCGAGUGCAGUGCUGAGGACCGUGGUGUCUGCGGUGGCUUAUUUGCACGAACAUGGCGUAGUACAUCGGGACCUGAAACCUUCAAAUAUGAUAUACGCAAGUAUGCGACAGACGCCGGAGACGCUAAAACUAUGUGACCUGGGUUUCGCCAAGCAGCUGCGCGCAGACAAUGGCCUGCUAAUGACACCGUGCUACACCGCCAACUUCGUGGCUCCAGAGGUGCUCAAGCGACAAGGCUAUGACCUGGCCUGCGACAUAUGGUCAUUAGGUGUGCUACUCUAUAUUAUGCUCUCGGGCCGUACACCUUUCGCAUCGACACCAAAUGAUUCGCCAGAGAUAAUACUAAAACGAAUCGGCUCCGGCCAUGUAGACUUCACAUCCAGUCGUUGGGCAAUGACCGGUAGCGAAGUGAAAGAUCUGCUGCGUCACAUGCUGCACAUUGUGCCGGAAAAUAGACCGACAGCAGCACAAAUAUUGCAACACCCGUGGCUACGCGAACAGACAGCGGGUUCCGUGCGCCUCACGGAGUACGCGAUAAUACCGCGGCAAACGCCUGGGACGGGCGGCAUCAACGCCAGCGGUGGAGGUGGCAUGGGUAUGCCACAACCCAAUGUCAAUUUGGUACGCGAAGCCACAGCAGCGUUACGCGGCGCAGUCGAUGCCACUUUCCGUGCAAUUGCUAUACCACAAGCGGCUAAUGUGGGUCCAGUAGAAAUGUCGAAAUUGGCGAAGCGACGCGCCAAAGACCGAGCGAACGUGCAUUCGUAAAUCUGUAUAUUUUGGGAGAAAUUUGAAUGAUUCAUGUUGGGCGGUUACACGGGGUAUCUGUUGUUUGAGUGUGUUAAACGGGAAUUUGUUUACCAUAAAAACACCGUUAGUGCGUGUGUGGAACAGCAAAUUGCCAUCUUUAUAUGUACAUGCCCAUGUGUAUCUAUACACUGGCAUCCAAUGUCAGCGUAUUUAUUAAUAAAAAAUUUACCUUGUGGGGGGUGGGGGCUGAAAGGUGGGGAAUAAUUAUAUUUUUAGGCGUAUUGUCGGCUUCCUACGCACGACUUCCAGUUAAACAUGUAACCGACGCGUUGUAGAGGGGCUUGGCGCAAGAAAUAGCGUACAUACAUACAUACAUACAUAUAAACCAUUUGGUAGUUGUAUGUCUGUGCGCAUAAAGAGACGAAAUUUCGUUUGUGAACGAACUAAUUAAUUAUUUAUAUUUUUUAAGUACACGCAUAUGUACAUUGUUGAGAGGAAAUGUUUAGGAAGGGAUAUAUACAUACAUAUAAUAUAUAUUUUUUGUAAAACUACUUACAUACAUACAUAUGUAUGUACAUACAUUAUAAUAGUUACUCAUACAAAUAAUGGCCAAAGUUAAGAUGCUUAUCACAUUUAAAAUAUACAAAUAAAAAAUUAAAUCUGCUAUAUAAAUACAAACAAGAAG